CCACUACCCCUCCCCCCUCCUAAUUCGACACCAUGAAACAUCAAGCAUCUGCUCGUUUAGAACCCAGGAUUGAUGUGAAGGUCUCUCCUUGGAGUUUGUGGUGUUAUUUUCUAGUUUGGUGUUGGUAUUUGCUGGAAAAUGGAUCUGGGGUUUGAUAAUUCUGUUACAGUUUCAAAGAAUUAUUACCAAGCUGUUCACUUUAUUGCAUCCCAGUUUUCAAUUUUAGAUUUUGAGAUGACAUUAAAUGGAUGACAAAUUGACAGCUCUUAGGAGAUACUGUAUUAAUAGGCGAACAUGAAAAGCAUUCUCACUAAGUUCCUUGUUUUUGACGUAUCUUCGUGAGAACUCUGUAACGGACUCCGUUAAAGUAUAAUAAAGAACACAAAGAUCUGACUGAUCCUAACUUAAGACUUUGCGUACAAAACAACAAAUCAAUUCCCUCAGUCCCAACAUCCUUCACAUGCCUUGCGUUCCCAAUUCCUUCCAAAGCACUAUUUGUUUACGUUGGGAAUCGUGAAGUAAUCGUAGAGUUUGAUUGUGAUGGUGUCGCCUGCGGAAUUUUUCAUUAGAAGCUUUGCUGGCUUUCACUCUUGAAUGGAUUCUAUUCAGAUGAAUUCCAAUACAGAUUGCACUGAGCACAUGGCCACUGGAAAGUCACUCCCAUCAGACUCCUCUGAUGCUUGUGGUGUAUUUGGGGAGCCACAUAUCCGCCCUCGAGUUGGGGAAGAAUAUCAGGUUGAAAUUCCACCAUAUCCAGAGAAUAAGGCUGAAGGAACUGACUCUUGGGAUUUAUUUGUUGGGUUACACAUACCUUUAAGGUGGGCGAAUGAAGGAGGAGACACGACUAAAAAGCUGGGUGAUAGUUCACAAAUUGCCUCCAGUAGCAGGGGAUCUGAGUCAUCAUCAGAUAUUAUUGUGGAGGAUGGAAAAUUAAGAAAUGCAUCAAUUGAGGAGGAACAACCAAAAGGGGGAUGCCCAGAGUCCUGUUUAGUUCCAGAUGAUGUUCUUGAUUCGUGGACUGAUAUUGAAAGGAAAAGUUUCCUCCUUGCUCUCUAUAUAUUUGACAAGAACUUUGUUCAUGUAAAGAGGUUUGUUCAAACUAAAAAGACCAGUGACAUAAUGGCAUAUUAUUAUGGGGAAUUUUAUGGAUCUGAUGAGUUCCGUAGAUGGUCAGAUGGUCGAAGAGUUAGAAGCCGGAAAUGUGUGUAUGGGCAAAAGAUUUUUGUUGGAUCGAGGCUUCAGGAACUGUUGUCUCGCUUAUUUCCGAAAGUGUCAGCAGAAGGCCAAAGUGAACUUUUGGAGAUCUCCAGGACAUUUGGAGAGGGAAAAAUGCUUUUGGAGGAAUAUGUCUUUACAUUGAAGCGUUUGGUUGGGAUUAAUGCUCUCAUAGAAGCAGUUGGAAUAGGCGAAGUAAAAGAUCUCACAAGUAUGGCCUUCGAACCCACAAGGUCCAAUAAUGUAUUAACCAUGCGUUCAGAGAUACCUACUGGCAAAGCCUGCUCCUCUCUCACACCCAAUGAAAUUAUCAAGUAUCUGACUGGAGGCUAUCGAUUGAGCAAAGCACGGUCUAAUGAUUUGUUUUGGGAAGCUGUCUGGCCACUAUUACUGGCAAGAGGUUGGCACUCGGAGCAACCUAAAAAUAUGCCCUAUGGUGCUGGUAGUUCCAAGCAUAGUUUGGUUUUUCUCAUGCCUGGUGUUAAGAAGUUUUCUCGGAAGCUUGUCAAGGGAAACCACUAUUUUGACUCCGUUACAGAUGUUCUUGGUAAAGUUGCUUCUGAACCUAAAUUGCUUGACCUUGAUACGGAAGAAGACCGUCACGAAGAAAAUGAAGGGCAUCAUGGAGCAAAGGUGGAAAGUGAUGAUCUGCCUCCGGUGAGAUCCCACUCUUAUCUUCAACCAAGAACUCCUAAUGAAUGUACUGAUGACAUCAAAUUUACGGUUGUCGAUACCAGCCUAUGUGAUGGUAAACCCUACAAAGUAAGAGAUUUGAAAAGCUUGUCAUUGGGUACUUCAAGAAAAUUGUCCACUCAAACUCAUUCUGAAGAUAGUGGCAAGGACAGUCAGAAGGUGUCGACCGAUAUACCUGACUCUGUUGAUACCAUGUUGCUUGAUCAAGCUGUGCUCAUUUCUGCCGAUUCAAAUACAAGCUUACCUAAUGGGGAAACAUCUUCUGGCAGGAAAGAUCUUGAAGUUGGUGCUACAAACAGGAAGAUGGCUAAUGUUAUAAACGAAGAGGUCCAUGGCAGCUGUCCUGAGAGCAUUCCUGUGACCAAUGCUAUGAAGAAUGUAGAUCUUUGUGAAGACAUGAAGUCAAAAAAAGUGGUGAAACCCCGCAUCAGUCAGAAACUAAGGGAAGAAGAUGAUAUAGUUCCCAUCACCAAAAAGCGUCGAAGACUAACUGCUUGUAGUCGCACAGAGACAAACAAUAUAAGUUGUGUUUCCAGAGUGGAAUUGGCGAUGCCCAGUUGCUGUUCAAGUGUGCAUAAUAUGCCUGCAACCAAUGCUUUGCAGACGGGCUCCUUUCAGGAUAAGAUGUCAUCCACCAGCUCAUCAAAAAGCAGCCCUUCUGUGAGCACUGAAUGUGUCCCUGUUAAUAAUUCGUGUCCUGCAGAAAUUUCUCCUGUGGAACCUCAACCAAGGAUAUUGAUUGACCUUAAUGUGCUUCCAGUCUCACCAGAUUCUGAGAAUGGGCUGUCUUUAACAGAAACGACUGAAGAACAAACUGAUGGCGUAAAGAAGCCUGAAAGUGACAGUGAAUUGCAGGUGGUGACAGGUGUGGAUAGUUCUGAUCAACAACAGCCACCUAGCAUGAGCUCAAGGAGACAUGGCACAAGAAACCGUCCUCCAACUAUGAGAGCUUUGGAAGCUUUGGCCAAUGGGUUCUUGACUGUAAACAGGAGACAAAAGAAUAGAGAAGCUGGCCCCGGACAAAACUUGGGGUCAAAAAGUUCAGAACAAGCCCAUGGCAAAACAAAGGCUGCUGAGUUUGGCAAUAACUCUGAAGUGUCCAAGCUGGGAGAAGGAACAUACAAUGCGUUCAGCAAAUUCCAACCUCCACCAGACGGAAAUGGAGGAACUACCUCAGGCCCCUGAACUUCUGAAACAUGUUCCCAACUUCAGGGAUUAGAAUUGGUUGUGGCAUGAUGGUUGCUAUACUAUAGUUUGCACAAAUUUUCAGACUGGGAGAUAGAGACAUGACCUUUCUUGGGGUGAUGUAUUUCGAUGCAGGUAUGAAAUUCUUGGCCAUGUUGCUCCUCUAAUAAGGUGAAUACAAAGAGUGAGCCAUGCUGUUGCUGUAUAAUUUUUGUUAUUAUGAUGUUACCGGAAGUGCCCCUCAAGGAUUUCUGUCUAGUUCUCGACAACCUUCUUGUGCGAGUCUCCCCUGCUCUUCCCUUUUCUGGUGCCCUCGUUGUUGACAAUGCCGUGCAACUCAAGUGCGACAACUGAUUCAAUCCUGGAGUUGGUCGAAUUGUAAAUAUUAUAAUGCUUUUAAAUUUCAUCCAUAGUUGGUUUGUUUGUUUGUUUGUUUGUUUGUUUGUUUGUUUGUAUUUUCAUGACAGUGCAGAAACCUUUUCAUUUUACAGCAAUUCAAAUAUAGUUUUCUGAGAUCC